AUGGCGGACUACGACAACGAUUCCAGCCGCUACGCGGACGAGCCCCGAUAUGAUCGCGAGCGCAGCGCCUCUCCUCGCGAUGAGCCUCGAGCCGACCGCGACCGUGCUCGCAGCCGCUCCCCCAAUGGCCGUUCUGAUGACAGAGCUCCUCUGGCCCGCAAACCUGUCGAGGAAGACGAUGAAGGUGCCAUCAACUCUGGCUCUAACCUCUUUGUUACUGGUAUUCACCCGCGUCUGACCGAGUCUGAUAUUUCGCGUCUGUUUGAGAAGUACGGUGAUGUCGAUAACUGUUCUAUCAUGCUUGAUCCCCACACCAAGGAGUCGCGUGGAUUCGGUUUCGUGAACAUGGUCACCGCCGAGCAGGCUGAUGCCGCCAAGGAGGGUCUCCAGGGCGAAGUUAUUGAAGGUCGUACCCUGAGCAUCGAGAAGGCUCGACGUGCACGCCCUCGUACCCCUACCCCUGGAAAGUACUUUGGUCCUCCCAAACGUGAUGGCCCAGGUGGUCCCCCAGGUGGUCCUGGUGGUGGUAGCCGUGGAGGUGGUCCUCGCCGUGACCGCUACGAUGAUCGCCGUGGACCCUCCGGUGGCGGCUGGCGUCGUCGCGAUGAUGACUACUCCCGCUACGGUCGCUACGACUCUUACAAUGAUCGCCGUGACUAUGGCCGUGACUACGGACGUGACUAUGGCCGCCGUGACUACGCUGGUGGUGGCGGUGGUGGUGGCCGUGAGUAUGGUGGUCGCCGUGAAUCACGCGACGACUACGCAUACCGUGGUGGCGGUGACCGCUACGGCGGUGGCCGUGAUGACCGUUACAGCCGCGAUGAACGUCGCGGAGGUGCUGAGGCAUCUCGCGGCAGCGGUGGCGGCGGCGCUGGCUACUACGAUCGUGACGCCAACCCUCCUAGCUUCGAUGCUGCUGCCCCUCCCCGUGAGGCUCGCGACCCCUACGCUGGUGGUGGUGGACGUUCCUACGAAGGUCAGGCACGCAGCAGCACUGGUGGUGCUCCUGGCGGUGGCGGUGGCAGCGGCGGCGGUGCCGGCGAGGACCGGUACGCUGGCAGGUAA